UUGUUGCUGAAGAUUUAUAACCCACGAGUGAGGCCAUCAUCGUUCUAAUAUAGUUCGGCCGAGAGAAUGAACUUUACAAGGGACAAGAUACGCCGAGCAGAGGCAGCAUUCGGCUAUGAUCAAUACCGUCAAAGCGCAAAAAGCCUCUCUACUGGAGUCACCGUCAGCAAAUGCCCCGACUGAAACACCACCUGCCUUUAUGGAGCCAUCCAAAACCCACAGGCCAGCUACGCAGCCAAAGUUAGGGGGAACCGCAAACGGGUCACGCCAUUCCCGAAUCCUUCGUAGUUUUCCAAAAGACAAGAAAGGGUUUCAACGCGUAGCCUCAUGUGCCUAACCCUUACCGUACUCAGACGCGCGCAGAGCAGCAGUUGCCUCGGCCAUCGCCGUGGGCUGCGCAGCCAUCACGGGUGUGUUGGGUGUGCUAAUGUUUCGCCA